UGGAAAGGUAUGUCGAUGGCUCAGUGCCUCUCGAUGAUUUUGUUGAAUACAUCCAGGAUUCUACCACCCAGAGGUUACCAGAAACAAGCAUGGGGAAAUAAACUCAAGCGUGCUCUCAAGAAAUCUAAAGGAUACGUCGAUGUUUAUAAUACAAAAGACUUCAGCUCAUUAAGAAAAGGGCAAAUUGUGAUUAUUCGAGCAGUAAAUGAUUUCUUUUAAGGAAGCAGAUGCAACGGAGGAUGGUCCCUCCGCUAAUAGCAUCACCUCUGUAUACAAUCUCUUCGAAAACAUAUUAAAUUAUUCUUAUGAAGACGGACAUAGGAUUAUUCAAGCAGAAAACUAUGCAGACUGAGCACUACCACUCUUACAAAUAAUAGGGUUUGAACCCGGCUCAAGCUCAUCAACAUUAGUAUUACCAUACAGUGCCAACCUAGCUAAAAUUCUAUUGGCUCAGGACUAUCUCACCUUGAAGAUCAGCGAAGAAAUUGAAAAAAUCUUCUCAAUUGAAAUAGAUAAAUAUUUGCCUUUUCCUUUCUUUCAGAGGUACUCUGACAUGCUGGGCAUUAAUCUUCCAAAUGACGACUUUGAAGAGAAAAUGGACCUUAAGAUCACUAGAGAAGAGGCCAUAGCCAUCUAUAAAGAAACAGGCUGCAAGAAUUUAGAGGAUUAUAUCAUUGAAUUAGGAGAAAAUAGUGAAGAAUUUCAGAAACUAAUUUUUGAAAUUGUUGGCACUUCUCCUCGAACGAACCAGUUCCUGACAAUCAUCAGAGAAAUGUGGGUAGAAUGCAAUGUUCUCAGACAAACAGUAUCGUAUCUGAGACAAUCAUUUGCAGAUUUAGUCAGUAGGGCUCAGCUGGUAAAUGUAUAUGACAAGAAUUCAAAACUUGCUAGAGGAAUUGCUUGAAUUAGCAUUACCGAAGCAAAUGGAAUAAAAUAAUGGAACUAGUAGUACUAUCAACACAUUGGAAGACUGAGUCUACUUUUUCAUCGAGCGUGAAACCUAUCGCUGGCAAAAGCUCAAUGAAGGAAUCAAAAAAGUAGAUAAGGAGCUCGAAGUAGGCUUCAAUGACGAAAAUUCUAAGGAAGAUCCUAGCCCUGCUAGUGAUAAAGCCAGAGCAGUACGCAUUGAGAAAUUUUGGAGUGAUAUCAAAACUUUCAUAGUCGAGAGACUUUGUAAGAAAAUCAUAAACAAAAGAGAUAAUGUAUCUGCUGAAAAACUAAAAGAUUGGAUUGAAUCAAGAGAACCAGAUCUUACUUUUACUGAUCUUUCUGAUUACAACAAGAAGCGUAUUGAAAAUGAAGAAGUCUUUCAGCAUUUUGGAGCUAAUGAUCAGUUUAAUACAAAUGCUUCCAAGACUAGUGUUGUAUUUUCCUCCUCAAAAUUAUUCAAUAUGCAUGAAUCUUCAAAACCAAUCUAUGAUAUAGCAAGGAAUGAGAUGUGGAAGCCCAUAGUAUGGCUUCACCAGAAGCAGCUCAUAGAUGACUUUAUCUUCUUCACUAUACUAAGUGAAUUAUGUACAUCCCAUGGAGAACAGAUUGCAUUCAACAUUAAGCAGAGUUUUGUACAGUUUAUUACUAGCAACAUGCCAGUCCUACUAACUCUUGAUGGAAUCAAGAGCAAGAAAUACACAAGCAUUUGCCGUAGAGAAAAGAACUGGGAACAACCCCUCGACAUUGGUUGGAAAGUAAAUACUCAACUUAAAGCUCUCAUGGAAGGAGAGGAAGCUGGCAUGGAAAAUUCACCUCAAAAGGCCAAGGAUAAUUUUAAGUCUAAAGAAUGGAAGUAUCUGUACAAGAAUCCUUAUGAUAAGAUUCUUUUACCCAUUGUUGUAAAUAACCAUCCUGAACAUUGCAAGUUGCAUGUUGGCUGGGGAUCUGACAUAAAUAAACCUGACUUCCAAGGUUGGACUUCUCUCCAUUGAGCAGCUUAUUCUGGAAAUAUUGAUAUUCUCAAGUAUCUCUUAGAAAUCAAUCAAAUCGAUAUUGAAGCAGAAGAUGAUGAAGGAAGAACUCCAUUACUAGUCGCAAUCGAGACUGGAAAUGUCUUAGGCAACGAGAAUGCAACUUCAGUUUUGCUAGAAUAUGGAGCCCAGCUAGAUAAAGACCUUUGGGAUAAACUAUUGAUUCUCUCAGUAGACCAUGAUCUAAUUGUAUAUCCAAGAAUAGCAUUGAAAAACGGAACUCUUUCUCUCAAAUUUAAAGGAGAAGAGAGAUUCUCUUUACACAAAGUGGUGAAAUCGACAGCUAGAAACUUGCUUCAGUUCCUUAUCCAGAAUGUGGAUGAAAAGCAUUUGAAAUAAGGCUGCUUGUAUAAAAGAUAAAGACAAAAAUACAGCAUUUGAUCUCAUCAAAAUCUGUGAAGAUGAGGCAUUUAAGAAAGAAUUUGAGGACAAUAUUCCAAAUGAGCCUGUUGAAGAUGAUAGUGACUCCGACACUAUCCAAGAGCAGACAGUAAUCCAGAGUAUCAAUGAAGAUGUCUUCAUAGAACAAAAGAAAUUCAAUGAGCCUUCCAGAGCUCAGGUAACUCGUGAUGAGCAGAAGGAAUACAUCCUUCAGAUAAAGAAAGAUCUAGAAGAAGAGUAUAAAAAUGAUAUUGCCAAACUCCAAGAAAUGGUUAUCAAGCAAAAUGCGAUGAUCAAAGAACUUCAGAAAGAGAACUCGGAGGCUUACUCUAAAUCGGGUAAAAGAAAUAUUGCUAAGAAAUAAUUCAGUUUGAACUCUAUUGACAGGCUAG